CUGCGCUUCUUUUGCGCAACUACAACAGUCCACAUUCGACACAAGCCGACCGUGAGUUGGCUGGACAUGGUUUGGCAGGUUCGCAUAACACCAUGAUUGCUGCUCGGAGUCUACGCCUCAGCCCCCUCCAGCGUCGGAAGUUCAUCUCAUCCCUAUUCGGUCUUACAUUCUUUGCCACCAUAUUCACCGUGUCUGCUUCAUCCAUGCUGCCAUGUCCAGCUCACAUUGAGAGGGGUCGGUUUGCGGACGGAGAGUCGGAGGAGUACAAGGGGAAGUCGCGGAUAGUUAUCGAGAAGAGGCCGAGAAGAUGGAUAGAAGAGAGUAAACCUCAGUAAUGUUAUCAACUCAAGUGCUCUGAUUAAUUGCGAUUACUUCUCACUGCGUUUGGCGUAUCCUGCAUGCCUGAGGGCCGGAGCCAUAAGGG